AUGUCCCUCGCUGACCGCAUCACUGGUCUCUUCUCGCCCACGACGCCCUCCUCACCGGCUCCUCUUGACGAUCGACAUGCGGCCGGCGCAGACCUCCUCACCGAUCUUGGAUACCGCGGCACCCCCACCACCCCAGACGCCGCUCACCACCAGUCACCGCUCUCAACCCAGGCCCAGGCCCAGGCACAGGCCAUGAGCAACACCGCCACCGACCAAGAUGCCGACCUCGGCGAGGAGGCGCGCCCUCCCUACCUGCACGCCAUGAUCGCCGGCGGCAUAGGCGGCUCGACAGGCGACAUGCUCAUGCACUCCCUCGACACCGUCAAGACGCGCCAGCAGGGCGACCCACACGUGCCCCCCAAGUACAACAGCCUCACCACAUCCUACUACACGAUAUGGCGGCAGGAGGGCGUGCGCAGAGGCCUGUACGGCGGGUGGAAGCCCGCCCUCGGCGGCUCCUUUCCGGGUACUAUGCUCUUCUUCGGCACGUAUGAAUGGAGCAAGCGCGUGUUGAUCGAUGGCGGGGUGCCGCACCACCUCGCCUAUUUUUCGGCCGGAUUCCUCGGCGACCUGGCGUCGUCCAUCGUCUAUGUCCCCUCCGAGGUGCUCAAGACGCGGCUGCAGCUCCAAGGGCGCUACAACAAUCCGUAUUUCCGCUCGGGCUACAACUACCGCGGCACGACGGACGCCGUGCGCACGAUUGUCCGGCAGGAGGGCCCCAAGGCGCUCUUCCACGGCUACAAGGCGACGCUGUACCGUGACCUGCCCUUCUCCGCGCUGCAGCUCAUGUUCUGGGAGCAGUUCCACGCCUGGGCGCGCGCCUACAAGGGAAGCCGCGAGGUCGGCGUGCCGCUCGAGCUGCUGACGGGCGGCCUAGCCGGCGGUCUCGCGGGCAUAGUGACGUGUCCGCUCGACGUCGUCAAGACGAGGCUGCAGACGCAGGUGCACAUUCCGCCCGAGGCGGCGGCGGCGGCGGCGAGCAGCGCGGCGACGAACAAGACGGCGCACGCGUCACAUCCUCAGAAGCGCAACAUCUCGACGUCUUCGCCGUCGACGCACACGCCGCGCCUCGGCGCCGUCAACCUGAAGACCAUGUCUGUGCUCAAGGGUCUCAGGGUCAUUUACCAGACCGAGGGCCUCGGGGGCUGGUUCCGGGGCGUGGGUCCCCGCGGCGUGUGGACGUUUAUCCAGAGCGGGUGCAUGCUGUUCUUGUACCAGAGGUUACUGCGGGAGUUGUCGAUCUGGGACCCGCAAGACGAGGACAAGGCAGCGCCCAUGUGA